UGUAUACAACAUGUAUGUACAGAUACAGAUUUACUUAAAAUUUUGUGAGGCCGAGUACGCGAUGUGCGCGCGGUGUGGGUUCCUAGGCCUUCAAUGUGCAUGGAUGUACACAUUUCCUUCCCCCAUGGUAAAAUCACAGCCCGAUUGCUUAUAAUCUGUGCUUGGAUUGGAAGCCAUGCCAUUUUGUCCGUGCAUGGUCCGUGGUCGCCUACUCGGUAUGUUAUGAAGUUGGCUUUUAUACAGUCCAUGCAGUGAUGAAACGCAAAGCGAAGAAGCGUAAGUUCAGCCAAGUCAACAGCGAUGCCGAUCAUUGUGCCGAUAGUGUCACUUCCGGAGAGCAACCAUUGCUUCAUCAGGCCUCCGCUCACGAUGACAAGGCGACUGACAUGGAUCAUCCUGCAACUGUUCCAGGUGAUUCAGAAGUGAAGAGUAAUUCUGCAUCACCCUGCAGGGCAAAGCGACAGAGGACCAGAAGAGUGGCUACAAUGCCAAGAAAAAGAAUCUCAACUAGGUUGAGGAGGACUCACAAGAAGAGCCCCUAUUUUGGUAAAGGGGCAACCAAGGCACCUCCAAAACCCUCCGCCGAAAAGUGGACCCCACCCAAGUCACCAUUCAACCUCGUCCAAGAGAGUUUGUUCCAUGACCCAUGGAAACUCCUUGUAGCAACUAUGUUCCUCAAUCGUACAACAGGUGUCAAGGCAAUACCCGUCUUGUGGAAGUUUUUUGAAUCGUGGCCCAACCCAGAGGUGACGCGUAAGGCAGACUGGAAGGACAUGGUAGGGAUGCUCCGCCCAUUGGGUCUGCACCAGAAGAGAGCCCAGAUGAUCGUGAGAUUCUCAGAGGAGUACCUGAGUAAAGACUGGACCUACCCUAUAGAGCUGCAUGGUAUUGGGAAAUACGGCAAUGAUUCCUAUCGCAUCUUCUGUGUCAAUGAGUGGAAACAGGUGAAACCAACCGACCACAUGCUGAAUAAAUAUCAUGACUGGCUAUGGGAGAACUAUGCAUGAGGUCUGAAAACAAGAUUCAAAGUACAUAUUCUGAAAUAUUUUAACAGGUGUAUGUAGUCAGCAUGUUAGAUAGUUGUUAUAUCAUCAAACUGGGUAGAUAUGCUACAUGUGCAUGUACCUUUUAGUGCAUAUCAGUGGCGUAUCGGGGGGGGGGUAACUUGCCCCCGACAGAUUUUUAUUGCUUUUUUUUUACAAAUAGAAUUUCCUGUAGGUGAGUAGAAAAGAAAGUAAUCGGUGUAUUAAUUUAUCAUAUAGUAGCACCAAAUCCUAACAAAACAACAUCAUUUGAUUUUUUCUACCCAACAUCAUGUUGAAUAAGCCCAUUCAGCCACAUUCACUUUUGAAUUUGAUCCCCCCCACCCGACACCAAAAGCUGGAUAUGCUACUGGUGUACAUGUACAUUCAUGGUCACUGGAUGCAUAUCUGUCUGUGCAACACACAUGCAUGUAGUUGAGUGAAGCUUUGUCAGAAAAUUUGACAAAUGAACAGUUUAAAAUCCUUCACAUUCUUAGUGGAACGGAGAAUUGGACUGUUUUCCCCAUUUCUGAAAAUGAAAACCAACAUUCUACACUUGUUGAAAGACUGUUAAUUUUAAAAGAUGUUUGAAGUGUAGUUUGAACGUUUAGAAUUUACUUGUGCUCUGCAAAUAGAAUUGUAACUCAGUCGAAUGGUAUCAUUUGAACAUUUCACAUGACAGCCUAUGCUUUUAUGAUGGACCUUUCCCUUCUACCUCUACCCACAUUGUUCCGUGACCUUGGAUUGUGAAGGUUCUGUCAUGUCAGUGUGGGGUCAUUCUAUAAAUUUUGGGUCCAAAGUGUGACAUUUCUCCGUCCUUGUUACCUCUUACAUGUGUACUAUCUCACAUGUUUGACAAGGGAUAUACCACUGAAAUUGAUUUCAAACUAUUUUUAUUUGUCUAGUUUAUUUAUUUAUUUAUUAUUUAAUUUACAGUACUUAUGCAAUCUUGGAAUAAAACAGUGAGUUCUAAACAUUAUUGAAAAAUAAUAUGCCAGACGAAACAGGGACGGGAAAAAGAGUGGACCCCAAAUUUAUAGAAUGACCCUGUGAUGAAAUAUUACCUACCCCUUGGUGCCCCCACCUUGUAAUACUGAACUACAUUCUGCAAUUUUCAUGUACAGUACAGUGUAUCUGCAUUACAGGAGUAACAAAGGCUCUACCUUACCAGUGUGCAAGAUGGGACAAAACCAAAGUUGAUGGGGGACAGUACCUUUUGCUAGGUGUGUGUGUGAUACAUGUAUAUGUAUUACAUCUUUUGUAAGAGCGAGACGACCAACCAGUGGCUCAUCUGGUCCUUCAGUACAACUUGCCCAAUCAAACUUCGCCAGUAUUGUCAUUUUCAAAACAUUCAUCUGGUCAUGUGAUGUAGGGGUGAGACUGGAGGUAAAAUUAAAUUUCCCCGAAGUAAUUACCAAAGGUUUUAGGGCCCCAUAUCGGCAUAAGGUCAAUGGUAUGCAGUUGUGAAUAUAGACAUAUGCUGUACCAUUUGUUUACCAUACCAUACUAAUUUCUUGUGUUCUGUAUCAAUUUUUAUCAGCAAAAACACCUUAACCCUAACAGUCCCAAAUUCUCCGAUUGCAAUAUGAUUUUACAUACACCCUAGGGGGUUAGGGUUAAUGGAGUUCCAAGCAUUUUUCUGAUUGCCUGACUGAAAACAGGAAUAUCCUGAUGAGGUGGCACACAGCCGGAUGAUGCCUUAUCAACCAUUUAAGACCGCUUACAUGACAGACCCCCAACCAGUGGGAACGAUGAACUGUCUCAGGUAUUUCUGAAUUGCGUGUAAAAAAAGAAAGCAGUUUUGCGUCCAUUUUCCAAAAACAAUUGCUAACAAUGUGGCCAAGCCAGUCUGUGUUCGGAAUUCUUUUCCCAAGGAAACUGGUGAGCAGUAACCAGGUAACGGGUCAGUGUGCAUGAAAAGGAAACAUUAAUAUUGCAACAUUGUUAUAUUGUAAUCAGGUGAAAUGCAUGCAAAUUUUUCAUAUUUUCGAUCAGUUUAGAACACUAGCAAGCUAAAAAGAUUGUGCAUGCACAUGUAAUGUUUAAUCUUUAGUGGGAUGAAAGAAAUUUCCAAAUAGGCAUUGUCUGUUAAAUCAAUCAAAUAAAAAAAAUUGGUUUGUGUCAUAAUUCAGUUUGGUUCAGAGCACAAACAUACAUGUAGCAUACAGCUAGACAAAGGAUCGAAAUACUGUGUAAAUGCAUACAAAAACCCACAUUGGCUGAGACAAGUAAAGUGAUGUACAUGUUCAAUUUUGGAGGGAAAAAUUGUGUGGCAACAGUUUGGGACUUGACUACAUGUAUGUCAUCAAUGCAAUUC